AUGUGGGAACCUACAGCAGAAAUACAGGCGGCGGCAGCGGCGCCCUCCAGGGCCAUAGGCUGCGGGGGCGGCCGGCGGGGGGAGCGCAGGGCAGCGCUGGGACGGCGGGGCACGGGCGCAGAGAGACGGGCAGGCCGGGAGCGCGAAGGGAGCGAGCCGGGCAGAGCGGGGUGGUGGCGGCCAGCCGGGCAGGGACACGCGCAACAACGCCGAGCAGGCAGGAAAGAAGAGGAGGGGGCGCCGCAGCCCGGCACUUAUAGGAGGAGCGGGAGGCGGCGCCACACGUCACAAGCAUGGGGGAGAGGGCGGUGUCUGCCGCGGGCCAAGCCGGUAACCCGCAUCUCCCGCCUCCACUACCCAAGGCACAGCGCUCUGGGCGAGCCUGGGGCGCAUGCGCCGGCAGAGAGCGAGAGCGAGAGCGCGGUGGAGAGCCGGCCUCUGCCCCUUGCCCCUCAGCUACCGGCUGGGCUUCCCUUUGCCUGGCGAGGCCGCGAGAGCGCCCAGCCAACAGGUGGGAAACUUGAGGUGUUUACCCACUCCAACCCCCAGCCAGCCAUGGGGCCAAGGAGAAGGAAACAACUGAGCACUGCAUCUGCCCAUGGCAGCCCCGUAAAGGGACCAAGGAGAAGGAAACAACUUACCAUCGUAUCUUUCCAACCUCCAACCCACUUCAGCAAAGGCACUGAAAAUGGAAGAAGCAACAUAUUACUAGAGCAUCCUAUUCACCUCUACUUCACAACAGAAGCAUGGGGGAAAGGAAGCAUGAAGUCUGAUUGUCACUCACAAGGAGUGGGGUGGUACCUGUGUGUUAAGAAAAUAAAGGACUGCUCUGUGAAAAAUGUCAGGCAAAAGUAAUUGUUAAAGGACACCAGGCCACAAUAUUUUUAUUCAUGGAACAAAAGUUUACACAGUACAAAAUAAUUAAUUUAUGUCAAAGGGUUUGAUUGUUGGCAUAAUUAUUGCUUGAAAACACAUUUUAUCUGAUUCAAUGUUUUGUGGUAGUUCCUUAUUGGAAAUGGGUCAUGGACCAUUAGGCAUCAAAUAAAAGGCAUCUCUCAAAAUACA